UGUACAAGGGAGGCGCCCCCACAGCAAAGUAAGCGGGCAGCCCACUCGUCCUAUAGCCAAGCAGCAGUCGCUAGCGCUCCUCCCCUCCGCAGGUGCACUGUCCCCGGCCUGUCAUAGCUCGGCGGGGCUGGCACAUCCGGGUUGCUCCCGGAGAGAAGAGGCCGCAGUCGGACGAUGCAGUAGGCGUGCGUUGUUAGUUAUGCAGCGGCCCUGAGACAAGGGAGGAAGGGGAUAUGGCGGGCAGUGGGAAGAAGAAGAAACACGUGCGCUUCGCCCGAGCGGCGGAGGGAGAGGCCGAGGAGGAAGAGGAGGAAAACACUCUGUUUGAGAAGCGGCCGGGCAGCCUGGGCCAGCUGGGGAAGCGCGAUAGGAGGAGGGCGUUUGAGGAUGAAGUCCAGUUGGUUCCUCCAGACAGGAAGAGGGGAAAGCCGGGAGAGUUGAAGUGGUGUGUCACUACUGUCUUGUGUGCGGCCUUCCUGGGGCUGGGAAUGGCUAUUGCAGUUCUGGGCCCCACUUUUCCUGACCUGGCAGCAAAUGUUGAGAGCAGUAUUGCCAAUAUUUCCUUCAUUUUUGUUGGUCGCUCCAUGGGAUAUCUUGGUGGCUCAAUUUUGGGAGGCGUCCUUUUUGAACAAAUGAAUCAACACCUUCUUUUGGGGCUAUCCAUGCUGGCAACUGCUGCUGGGCUUUAUGUCGUCCCUUGGUGUAAAAGAGCUGUGUUCCUUACUGCUGUCAUGUCAGUUGUUGGAAUGUCAAUGGGAUUUCUGGAUACAGGUGGGAAUGUUAUUAUUCUGAACACUUGGGAAGACCAGGCUGGGCCACACGUACAAGCUCUACACUUCAGUUUUGCUCUGGGAGCCUUUGUGGCUCCAAUCUUGGCUAAACUAGCUCUGGAAUUUAUUCCCUUCGACAAGAUUCCCUUAAUGGACUCUGCAGAUAGAUUUAAUGCUAGCCAACCGUCCUUUGAACAGUCAGCCUUACCUUUUGGAAUAAAAAAGUCCAUGCUAUCCUAUAUAGUCAUUGGGACAUAUAUUUUGCUGGUCUCCUUAUUUUUAUUCAUCUUAUAUUCUAAAAGUCGUCCGAGCCAGUCAGCAGGAAAAGCUUCAGAUGAAAAAUUUCGAACAGCCAAAUACCAUAAUGCUCUAAUUUUCCUCCUAUUCCUGUUCUUUUUCUGCUAUGUUGGGGCAGAGGUAGCAUACGGCUCUUACAUAUUCACCUAUGCCAUCACAACAAACAUUGAUCAUAAUAAAGCAGCCGGACUAAAUUCGUUGUUUUGGGGAGUAUUUGCUGCAGUUCGGGGACUUGCCAUCUGUUUUGCUACCUGCUUGUAUCCUGGCACCAUGUUGCUUGUGAGUGUGAUUGGUUGUACCCUGUCAUCUUUGAUUUUAGUCCUUUUUAAUAGCAAUCACCUUUUGCUCUGGGCUGGAACUGCAGUGUACGGAGCAUCAAUGGCUACUACUUUUCCAAGUGGCUUCUCCUGGGCUCAGCAGUACACUACCAUUGGAGGAAAGGCAGCAUCGCUAUUUGUGGUCGGGGCUUCUCUUGGAGAAAUGGCUAUUCCUGCCUCAGUGGGAUAUCUGCAGGGAAUGUUUCCCACUUUCCCUGUUCUCAUGUACACAGCUCUAGCAUCCUCUACAAUGACAGCAGUCCUUUUUCCUGUUAUGUACAAACUGGCCACCGCUCAGCAAGACCAGGCGCGAUAUAAUAGGGUUGAGAGUGAUGACCGCAGGGCUUUGCUUUCCAACACAGGACUAGAAGAGGAUGAAGAUGAGGCUCAAAACUGGAAUGAAGCAGACUUUGAAACCAUUGAAAUGAACGAUCGAAAGAACAAUUCAGUUACUGUGAUUUCAGAGGACACUACUGGGAACAGUCUACCUUUAGAGGUCCCAAAGCACUCUAGCGACUCUAAUGGGGCUGAACCAGUGGCUAACAAAUCUCCCUCCAGAAAGCAUAAUACAGACAGAGAAAAAAAUGAUUGACAUUUUGUUUUGUAUAUUAUUAUGGGAUGUGGUGAAGCCCUGUUGAUCCAUUAUUGAUCCUUGCAUUACUAUGAAAUAGUUUAUCUAGCUGUAUGAGGAACAUGUGGCAAAGAGGGGUUACAUUUUACAGAACAGACACCCUAUGCUGCAAUUUAUACAGUAGGAAGUGAACAUCAUUGCUAAUGCAGAGGUGCUUUCUUAGAUACAUUAUUGCUUGUUCCUUAAAUGGGUUUUUCACAUUUGAAUUAAGUUUUAGUAUGAUGUGGAUAGUGAUAUUCUGCAGUUGGUCUUCAUUUCUUAUUUGUGGUUUUUUUUUUUUUUUACUUAAUUUAGCUUUUUGUUGAGCAGUGCUUCAUUUUGAAAUUUCAUCUGCUGCAGUUUAAUCUAUCAACCAGGCAAUGUUUUGAAUGCGAGACUGAAAUCUGAAUAGGAGAUGGCCUGCAUAGAAAGAUAAGUAAUAUAAUAACAUUGUAGCCUCACAGCAGUGUAUUUUUUGGCUGCUGUAGGAGGAACACCCAUUUAAAGCUGGAAAGAGUCAGAAGAAGGCAAAUAAUUGCAAAGUUGCUAGGAACUGGCCAUUCUAUAACAUACUAGACAUUAAUGUAAAGGUGGGGCUUACUUUUCAAUAAAGAUCAACAUGUUGAGAUUUUUCAGUCAUGCAGUGUAAGGCUAUUCAUACAGUGCCUUUUCCCUGCCCAGCAUAUUGAUCUCCGUAGGAACCAUUUGGCAUUGCUGGUACAGAUGAUUUGUGGCCCA